CCAAUAAUUAAAGACGAUUAUCACCAGAGAGUAGCCCGAGCCAGCCCCCCGCGAACCAUUUUCCUCGUAUAGGAGUCGGGUCGGGUUGCGAUUGAACAAUCACUAUCACUACUAUCAUCAUUUCAUCACACAAACCUAGGCCUAGUUCUAGAAUCCCGAAAUUGGACCACUUUUGGAGAAGAAGAAGAAUACCAACAACAACAACUCUAUAAUCAUUGAAUUAACCAUUGAUUAACAUGAGCGAGGACUCAUCAUCUUCAUCGCAAUCCUUCUUCAGGAGACACUGGGAAGGAUACAAGGAGUUUUGGGGCGAGCGUUUUUCCUUUUUGGACAACUACUCCAGGUUCAUUAAGCGUGACAAGCCACUCCCCUCUUGGUCCGAAUCUGAUGUCGAAGAGUUCAUCGCUUCUGACCCAGUUCAUGGACCCACUCUGAGAACUGCUAGGGAAGCAGCAAAGAUCAGUGCUGUAGGAGGCGUAAUCGGAGCUGUUUCAACUGCAGGUGUUGCUUGGAAGUACUCCAGGAGUUUGCAUGGUACUGCACUGUCUUUUGGAGCUGGAGCUGUCUUUGGCUGGACAUUUGGACAGGAAGUUGCCAACCACUGGCUGCAGCUAUAUAGGCUGGACACCAUGGCUGCCCAGGUGAAAUUCAUGGAAUGGUGGCAGAACAAGGUUGAAGGUUGAAGAACAGUCUUAAUUGUCGCCUCUCAUCCCAGAUCAAAGGACAGUUUUAACUUUGGCUUUGGUGUUAAAUGUCAAUGAACUUCUGUUUUCAGGAAUAAUAAUCAGUCGCUCUGUUCAAAUUGUAGCAAGUGACUUGGAUUGUUGUAUCCAAGUGGUGUUCAACUUUGGAAUUGUCUGUUUAUCUUUCUCUACUGAAUUGUUCUAGUGGAAAUGCAACUAUUGGCAGUUUUCUUUCAAAAGAUGAUCAAUAUGUUUACAAAGUUA